AUGGAAGGACAUCACAACCAAUCGACGUAUCAAUGCAAAUCAUGCGAUCGUCCAAAUUGGGCAGAUACGCAUAUGGUUGCAUGUGAUCAGUGCCGUCAAUGGGAGCACUUUAUUUGUGCCGGCGUGACUCAAGCCGUGCAAAGACGUCCAUACAUUUGUAAGCAGUGCCAGGAGGAAAAUGCAGCGUCCCUCCGAAUACUGCGGCCACGUUCAAGAGGUAACCAGUCCACUAAAACGUCUGAAGGGAGGCCAUCCAAGACGUCAGAGGUAAAAGUUUCUUCAGACAGAGGAAGUAAAGCGCAAUCGGCUAUCCGGAGCAACAGUACUAGGUCGUCGGCUGUACAGAAGCAGUUAGAACUGGCAGAGGAAGAGGCUAAACUAAAGGAACAAGAGCUCAAGGAGGAAGAAGAACUCCGACAACGCGAGCUCGAAGAAGCACAACGCCAGUUGGAGGAGAAGCGGAAGUUGCUGGACGAGGAGCUACGUUUGCGUCAGCUAAAGCUGGAAGUAGACAAAGCACAUUUGCUGAAACAGCAGCUUAUCCGCAGAGAGUCUUUGGAGAAGAGGACGGAGAUCAUGUUGCAGAUUUCGGAACGUGGUAGUGUAGUGACUUCCAUAGCAACCUCACGAGAAAAAGUUACGGAAUGGUUGAAUGUUAAUCAACCUUAUGGGAAGACUGGUGGGAAGGAAUUGGAACCACAAGAUGGAAACAAUUCCAGAAUGGUCCCUCCGGCCCCAGAAGAGCUACUGCCCGAAGGAGUCUCUUCGAUCUCACUCAUGUACAGGAACAUCACCUCGGAAAACCACAAUCCCACCUCUAGAGAUACCAUCACUCAUCAUCCGUAUCACUCGCCGGUCUGUGAUCAACGCACUCAACACGAUGAUAAUUCAGUUUCCAUGACAUCGUCACCGCGUCGCAGUCCAUGGAACACCCCCUUACGACAUAGUUCUCCGGUGGUCUCCGAACCAGUUGUUCCUCAACAUACAUCUCCAAUGUUUCAUCACCAUUCGAGAGAAGAUGAACAUCGGGAUUAUCCGAGCCCUAACCAUGGAAUCAGUUACAAUGGAGAGGUUUACAAUCGGACCCCACGACAGCAAAGUCCACCGAGAGUUAGAAAUCCUCCUUUUCCACGUGGUCCACCGUUGGUACGUUAUCCACGGACUUUGAUCAACCCGCCGAUACCACGUGAUCCUCCGAUACCAUGUGAUCCUCCGAUACCACGAGAUCCUCCGAUGCCACGUGAUCCACCAGGUGCUCUUAGUUCUCAGCAAAUAGCUGCCCGACAAGUGGUCGGAAAGGAUUUACCCACUUUCAACGGAAACCCCGUGGACUGGCCGAUGUUCAUCAGCAGUUUUGAACAGUCUACGAUUAGUUGUGGAUACUCCAAUGCUGAAAACCUCGUUCGUCUACAACGGUGUCUCGUUGGACAUGCUCGAGAUGCAGUACGAAGCAGACUUCUGCUGCCAGCCAGCGUGCCACAAGUAAUGAACACUCUACGAACACUUUAUGGACGCCCGGAACUACUCAUCAGGUCCCUGCUCGAAACUAUCCGCAGGACACCAGGCCCUAGACAUGACCGGCCCGAAUCGAUCCUCGAAUUUGGACUGGCAGUUCAAAACUUUGUUGAUCAUCUCCAAGCAGCGCAGCAAGUAGACCAUCUUUCGAACCCGAUGCUCAUGCAGGAACUGGUAGAGAAGUUGCCAGGACCAAUGAGGAUGGAUUGGGCUGCAUUUAAGAACCAACGACUUCGAGUAACUGUUCUGACGUUUGGGGAGUUCAUGGAAAGAUUGGUAAAGGCGGCCAGCGAAGUGAGUUUCGAGCUUCCUGGGUAUCAGAAAAUCCCGAGAAAUGAGAAGCAGCGGUCAAAGGAGAGGGCAAUGGUUCAAACCCACUCUUCCGGUAAUUCUGCCGGAUUCAAGCAGCUCAGUGCAACCGGAAAUCCACGCAAAUCAGCUCGAACAUGCUGUUCCUGUAGUCAUGAAGGCCAUAAGAUAGCCGAAUGUGUAAAAUUCAAGCAGCUAGGUAUGGAGGAACGAUGGAAACUAGUAACGGACAAAGGCUUGUGCAGGACGUGCUUGAACAACCACGGAAAAUGGCCGUGUAAGUCAUGGAAAGGAUGUGGAAUAGAAGGGUGCCGUUUGAAACAUCACACACUCCUCCACUCCAAUUCCAAUCCCGCCUCGUCAUCGCAUUCCGUGAACAUUUCGUCGAAUCAACUCUCAUCUAACGAACAUCAACCACUAUUCCGGAUUCUACCGGUAGUUUUAUACGGAAAGGAGAAAAGCAUAACUAUUUUCGCGUUCAUCGACGAAGGCUCACAAAUCACUCUUCUGGAGGAAAACGUUGCGAAGGACCUUGGCGUUGUGGGCCCUACGAAACCACUCACCCUACAGUGGACAGGAAACAUGACACGCAAGGAGCCGCGGUCUCAGCAAAUCAACUUUGAGAUAGCGGGGAAAAACAGUAGUGCUCGUUACGAUCUUUGCCAGGCACGUACAGUGAGCUGUCUGGUUCUACCUUCUCAACGCCUGAACUACCGUGACAUGAGUCAACGAUUUCCUUACCUCAAAGGCCUGCCACUAGAGGAUCACGAUCUAGUCCAACCAAAAUUACUGAUCGGACUAGACAAUCUUCGACUUGGAGUUCCACUGAAACUACGCGAGGGAGGUCCCCAGGAUCCAAUAGCCGCUAAGUGUCGUCUCGGCUGGGGAAUAUAUGGGUGUUCAUCAAAGCAAUCAGCACCAAGGGCUUCAGUCAACUUCCACACUGCUGCUGCGCCCGAUGCGGACUACAUGCUGAACGAACAACUGAGAGAUUUCUUCACGAUGGAAAACUGUGGAGUAUCCACUACCUCAGAAAAACUAGAAUCUGAGGAUAACAGGAGAGCAAGAAGAUUGCUCGACGAGACCACACGGCGUACAUCAUGCGGAUUUGAAACGGGUUUACUGUGGAAAGUCGACGCACGAGAGUUCCCGGAUACCUAUCCCAUGGCCAUCCGUCGAAUGAAGUCCUUGGAAAAGAAGCUGCAGAAAGAACCAUCAUUGAUGCAGCGAGUUCAGGAGCAGAUAACGGAAUUCGAGUGUAAAGGAUACAUCCACAAGGCCAGUGCAACAGAAAUUGCUGAAAUAGACUCGCGAAACACUUGGUUCCUUCCGCUAGGUGUAGUCAUCAGCCCGAAAAAACCAGGAAAGAUCCGGCUCAUUUGGGAUGCUGCUGCGAAAGUCGAUGGGACUUCGUUCAACUCACACCUUUUGAAAGGCCCGGACCUCCUCACUUCUCUGCCUAAGGUCUUGAGUGGUUUUCGCUUGUUUCCGGUUGCUGCAUCCGGAGAUAUCAGGGAGAUGUUUCUGCAAAUCAAGCUACAAUCUAAGGAUCGCAAAGCGCAGAUGUUUGUAUUCCGCAACAGUCCUGAUCAACCAUUGCAAAUCUACGUCAUCAACGUUACUAUGUUUGGGUCCACUUGUUCUCCAGCUUCAGCACAGUUCGUGAAGAACUUGAACGCUGAAGAAUUCGCUCAGCAGUAUCCCCGUGCAGCUUCCGCCAUCAAGGACCAUCACUACGUGGACGACUACUUGGACAGCUUCAGGUCGAUCCACGAAGCGAUCGAAGUGGUAAACGAAGUGAAGCUUGUCCAUUCAAAAGGUGGAUUCGAAAUACGAAAUUUCCUAUCCAAUGAAGAAGAAGUGCUGAGGGGAAUCGGAGUAGCGGAUGCAGAAGUCUCGAAGGAUCUCUCUCUUAUACGGGCGGAAACAACUGAAUCCGUGCUCGGCAUGAGGUGGAUUCCCAAAGAAGACGUCUUCACCUAUACCUUUGCAAUGCGAAAUGACUUGCAAUCAAUCCUCAACGAAGCCCACAUCCCAACAAAACGCGAAGUACUGAAAGUCGUCAUGAGUUUAUUUGAUCCAAUGGGUUUUGUAUCGUACUUCCUAGUGCAUGGAAAGGUGCUGAUGCAGAACAUCUGGGCAACAGGAAUCGAUUGGGAUGAAGCGGUGAACGAGGAACUGUACGAUCGUUGGCGACAUUGGAUUGGUUAUUUUCCCCAGCUGGAUACCUUGCGAAUUCCACGGUGCUACUUUCAAACGCCAUUUCCGGACAAUUUCGAUCAGCUAGAGCUCCAUGUAUUCGUCGAUGCCAGUGAUUCUGCCUACGCUUGUGUAGCGUACUACCGGCUUCCAACUCAAUCCGGCAUACAGGUGGCCUUCAUUAGCGCAAAGACGAAGGUUGCACCUCUCAAGGUUCUUUCAAUCCCUCGUCUAGAAUUGAAGGCUGCUGUCCUUGGAAUCAACCUUCUUGAGGCUAUCCAAGGUUAUCACACCUAUCCCAUAAGUCGACGAGUUUUUUGGAGUGACUCCAGUACAGUACUAGCCUGGAUUCGAUCAGACCACCGUCGUUACAACAAAUUCGUUGCCGUUCGCAUCGGUGAAAUUCUCACAGCAACUGAUGCACGCGAGUGGCGAUGGGUCCCCUCUGAAAUGAACACUGCCGACCUCGCUACCAAAUGGAAGAAUGGCCCCAACUUCCUACCAACUAAUCCAUGGUUCUGUGGUCCGGCGUUUCUUCACCAACCUGAGGAAUGCUGGCCUCAACCAUCCCAGGCCAGUCCAACUAAAGAAGAACUUCGAUCAAGUCACACUCAUUACACAGCUCCUCAGUUAAUUGACGUAUCCAGAUUCAGCCGGUGGACGACGCUACAGCGAACAAUGGCUUUCGUGUUCCGAUUCAUCAACAACCUGCGCCGUAAAAGAUGUGGAUCCAAGCUGGAACUGGGCGUCUUCGAUCAGCACGAAUUAAAACGUUCAGAAGAAGCACUAUGGAAGGUAGCCCAAGCUGAAGCCUUCCCAGAAGAAAUCACCAUUCUUUCUGGGUCACAAGGGUCUCCCGAAGCGCGACACGACCGUGUUGCCAAGUCAAGUUCGAUCUACAAGAACUGGCCAUAUCUCGACGAGCGUGGAAUACUUCGGAUGCGUGGUCGAAUCGGUGUCGCAUCCUUUGCACCGACCGAAGCUAAGUACCCCGCCAUCCUUCCCAGGCAACACCUAAUUACGUUUCUUCUUACAGACUGGUACCACCGCCGUUUCCGCCACGCCAACCGAGAGACCGUAACCAACGAAAUGCGUCAACGUUUCGAAAUCGCCAAGCUUCGUGCUUUGAUCGCGAAGGUGUCGAAGACCUGCAUGAUUUGUCGACUGAGAAAAGCCAUGCCCAGUCCUCCCGCAAUGUCACCGCUUCCGAAAGCCAGGCUACAACCGUUCGUCCGACCAUUUACCUACGUCGGAUUGGAUUACUUCGGACCUGUAAUGGUGAAAGUAGGUAGAAGCCAGGUGAAAAGAUGGGUAGCCCUAUUUACCUGCCUCACUAUUCGUGCCGUGCACUUGGAGGUCGUGCACAGUUUAUCGACGGAAUCGUGCAUCAUGGCAGUGCGCCGUUUCAUCGCACGUCGUGGUUCCCCUGCUGAGUUCUACUCGGACAACGGAACAUGUUUUCAAGGCGCUAGCAGAGAGCUAAAAAGGGAAGAAGUACAGGCAAGGAACAACGCUCUAGCUACUACGUUCACGAAUGCGAAUACUCAAUGGAGAUUCAUUCCACCAGCGGCUCCACAUAUGGGUGGAGCGUGGGAGCGUCUAGUUCGAUCGGUGAAAGUGGCAAUGGGAGCCGUAGCUGACGCUCCUCGCAGACCAAGUGAUGAAGUCCUGGAAACGAUUCUCGUAGAAACCGAAGCGAUGAUCAACACGCGACCGCUCACCUACAUCCCACUCGAAUCGGCAGACCAAGAAGCUCUAACGCCUAACCACUUUCUGCUGGGAUCUUCCAAUGGUGACAAGAUCCGGCCGGACGAACCUAUUAAUAGCCCGGCGGUCCUGCGUAGCAGUUGGAAGCUAGCACAGGCCAUCACCAACGAGUUCUGGUCAAGAUGGGUGAAGGAGUAUCUGCCAGUGAUAACACGAAGAGGAAAAUGGUUCGAAGAAGUUCGGGACAUAGCAAUCGGUGAUCUGGUGUUGGUAGUGAGUGGAACGGUGAGGGACCAGUGGACUCGAGGACGAGUGGAAGAAGUUAUUCCUGGACGGGAUGGACGAGUCCGUCAGGCCUUAGUCCGGACAGCAUCUGGAGUACUGCGACGACCAGCAGUGAAACUAGCGGUUCUCGACGUUUCGGAGAGUAGUAAACCUGAUCAAGGAGAUCCAGUGCAUCAGGAGCAUCACCAGGGUUUACGGGUGGCGGAAUGUCACGACGAGACCCCCCGUCGCAAUUCAACUGUGGUCGGAUGA